AUGCAAGUUCAGCUUACUGCCAUGCAAGUUCAAACUGCUGCCAUCAUGGCUAUGGAUAUCAGUGUUCAAAGGGACUUGCAGGAUCUCUGCAAGCAGUUUCCUUGCUAUUGCCUGUCAACCAGCCAGCCCCAACUGCUGUCAUCCAUGUCAAGGAGAAGACAAGCCAUAACCGGCAGAGAGGGCACCUACAGGCGGAAGCCCGCCCAACAUUCUGCUGCUCAACAGGUUCAAGCAGCAUGCCGUCAAGCUCGAGAGUGGGCACAUUCCCCGUGCAACCGGGCGUGGAGAGCCAGGGAAGCCAGACAAAGCACUACAGACAUGUGUGAUGGAAUCCAUGGGGAGAAUUUUCUCUGUCGGAUGGGCCAGUCGGGAGCAGGCUCCACGCCGCCAUUUUACGUGGAUGGGCCAAUAAGAAGCGAUAUACCGGAUGGUUAUGUAAAAACAGAAGGAGCCUGGAUUUAUUCUGCACGCGAAUCAAGAUACCCAGGAGUCAGUGUUGAAAAAUGUGCAGCAAAAUGUAACUUAGAAACGCAAUUUCUUUGCAGAGCUUUCCUCUUCACUCAAAAGAAUCACGAGUGCUUCACUACAGCCGAUAAUAGUCACACACAAUUGGUGAUGAGAAGAACAAAUGUCGCUCUUUAUGAGAAACAAGCUUUCCUUCUCCAAUGCAAGUCAGGCAAUGGUGUCAGCUACAGAGGAACAGCAACAAAAACAGCUUCUGGAAGAACCUGUCAAAGAUGGGCCAGCAACACCCCACACAAGCCAAAUUACACACCGGCAAAUAGCCCACAUGCUGACCUGGAAGAAAACUAUUGCAGAAAUCCCGAUAAUGAUACCACAGGGCCCUGGUGCUAUACUCGAGAUGCAAGCAAACGAUGGGAAUACUGUCAGAUACAAAAUUGUGAAGACGGAUGCAUGUUCUGCAGUGGUGAGAAUUAUCAUGGGAAAAUUUCCCAAACGGAGGAUGGUGUCACAUGUCAGCGCUGGGAUUCACAAACACCUCACUUUCAUGAAUACAACCAAACCUUUUUUCCAGAUAAAUAUCUCGAGGAGAACUACUGUCGGAAUCCAGAUGGAGAACCCAGGCCGUGGUGUUUCACAACUGACUCCAAAAAUCGAUGGGCAUUCUGCAAUGUUCCACGUUGUAAUGGGGAGCCCCCUGCUUUUGAAGGAGAGACAGAGUGUUUCACAGGCAAGGGUCAGAAGUAUCGUGGAACUGUAUCAACAACCAUUUCUGGUAUAGUCUGUCAAAGAUGGGACACUCAGGUUCCGCACCUGCACUCAAGAACUCCGGACAACUACCCAUGCAAAGGACUAGAAGGUAAUCACUGCAGGAACCCGGAUAAUGAAAAGGAGCCCUGGUGUUACACCACCAACCCAGAUACAAGAUGGGAAUAUUGCCAAGUACAAAAGUGUGGCCUUGUGCCUCCAGAUUCGCCAGAUGAUUGCUCGCCCGACGUCAUCUCGCACGAUUUCACGUCCGAUCAGGUUGGUGUGUGCCCGUCUGCUGACCUUAAAAUUCUGCCCCAGGACUUGGUGGCCAAGGAAGGGUACGUUCACAAUGCAGCCAAACAGGCUGCAUUGGAAAUCCAGAGUUUUGUUCCUGGUGAUUCACUGAAUGGUCUCAAACCAUGGGUCUUUGCAUUGCUAGCCUUCAUUUCAGGACUCAUUGGUGUCUCCAAGGCCUCUGAAGGAUUUAUACCAUGUAGGCCCUUCCGGUCACCAGACAAUUUUCUGUGGGGAGACACACUGGAGGAUGAGGAUUUUGAGGCAGCUCCACAGGCCACAGUAGAUAACUCCAUGGUGGAUCAGGAGAGGAUCCCAGGGAAGAACAUGGGGGAUGGCCAGCCAUUAACACUUCUCUACGGAGAUCUAAGCCAGCUCAGAAUUCACCUUUGCCGAGCGCAGCAGAUCAUUGAACCUUUUACAGCACUGCACCAAUGUGCGCCGUACAACAUCAUGUCUGCUGACCUGGGCUUCCACCUCUGCCCGUCCCUCCUUGGGGCCUGGUUGGCAAUUAUUGUAGAAAUCCUGAUCAGGAUAGGGCACCUUGGUGCUACUCAACUGAUCCUUCAGUCCGAUGGGAAUACUGCAGGAUUUCAAAGUGCAACACCGUACAACCACAACCGCCCACUAUCAUCCCUGUACAUGGAGGAGGCAGUGAGGCAUCGCAAGCACCUGAUGGUCAACCAGACUUCUGAAACAUUACUUGUGAGCUUCACGACUUUGAUUGGAAGGCCUGAACUUAAUGGAGUUAUUUUGACAGAUUGCAUAGUAGGUAAUGGAGUGACAUAUCGCGGGACAAGAUCAACCACAUCGAGUGGCAGGACAUGCCAAAAUUGGUCAGUGAUGUUCCCCCAUUCUCAUAGAUACCUCACUCCUGAGACACACCCUAAGGCUGGACUGGUGGGAAAUUAUUGCAGAAAUCCAGAUGCAGAUAUCAGUGGCCCAUGGUGUUACACAACAGAUCCCAGCAAACAAUUUGAUUACUGCGAUGAUAUUCCCUCAUGUGCAGGGAUAAUUUGUGGAAGGUCUACUGUUAAGCCCAAGAAAUGUUUUGGAAGAAUUGUUGGUGGCUGUAUAUCCAAACCACACUCCUGGCCUUGGCAAAUUAGUCUUUGCACCAAUUUUGGUGUUCACUUCUGUGGAGGGACUCUUAUCGAUACCAAGUGGGUACUCACAGCUAAACACUGUAUGGAACGAUCCUUGAAACCUUCAGCCUAUAAAGUUUAUCUUGGAAUACACAGACAGGCUGCAUAUGAAUCAUCAAGGCAGAUAAUAGACAUUGCCAAAAUAGUUCUCGAACCCAGUGGGAAUGACAUUGCUUUAUUAAAGCUUGAAAGGCCAGCAGUGCUGAAUGACAAAGUCACUAUAAUCUGUUUGCCAACGGAAGGCUAUUUACUACCAAAUGGAGCUGACUGCUACGUUACAGGCUGGGGUGAAACACAAGGAACUGGACGAGGUAAUAUUUUAAAAGAAGCAGGUCUUCCAGUGAUAGGAAAUAAUGUCUGCAAUCGCCCUGAGUAUUUGAAUGGAACAGUAAAAAACAGCGAACUGUGUGCACAAAAUUAUGUUGGAUGCCCGAAUGAUGGUGGAGGCCCUUUGGUAUGCCCAAACUCUGAAGGCAGAUAUAUUCUCCAAGGUGUAACGUCUUGGGGCCUUGGCUAUGCAAAGCAACUGAAGCCGGGAGUUUAUGUUCGAGUUUCGUUUUUUAUUGACUGGAUUAAAAAUACUAUAAAGCAUGGUUAA